AUACAAUGCCCACUAUUAAAUUUUGCACUCUCUAUAACUUAUUUAUUUACUUACAUUAUGGAUAUAGUAUAAAUUUGCAAAUUGAAAAUUAUGAAUGAUGAAAAUUUUAUUUGUUACUUUAUACAGAAAAUAAAUUUGAUAAUUGAAAAUUAAUCAAAUUUAAUACAAAACAUGAUUAAAAUUAAAUAUUCAAUACAUAUAAAUUUAAGUUAAAACUAUAAAACUUUAACUAAAAAACCACAAAACUCAAAAAAGGGUUUUUUCGGGUACCCUUGGGUAACCCUAAAGUUCUAGGGUUUUUCGCGGGUUACCCUAAUAGUACCGGGUUUUUUUCGGGUUUUAUAGUUUAGGGUAUUUUCUGGGCGGGUUUAGUUUGGGUUCGGGCCGGGCCGGGUUUUUUUGCCCAUGACAACAUCCCUAAUAAUAAGGGAAACCAACCGUCCAGAGAAAGCUUUACCGUUCCAACGGUAACAUGACAUGACACAACUUCAUAUAAUCAAACCAUUCUCUUUUCGGAGGGAGACACUUUCUUAUCUCAAUCUCAUCUUCUGGUAUUUAUCAAAAAUAUAAAUAAAAGCUCUGAGAAAAAAAAAGCCUUACCUUGAAUCAUGGGAAUGGAUUUUGGCAACGGCAUUUCCUUUGCCGCCAUUGUCCCCACUGUAUACAAGAGAGAAGACUAUAAGCGUACCAAACACGACGCCGUUUUCUCCAACUGGAAGGUUCUGAUAGGUUCGGAGGAUUGGGAGGAUUUCAAGAAGGGGAAAGACGGUGUAGGUAGAUACAGAGUCCAGAACUUACCUCGUAGAUCUUGUCCUGGUCUCUAUGAGCUUGGUGUAGCAGUCAUUGACCAAGCCCGAAAGCUUGACUCGGAUGAUGUUCUCGCUGCGUAUCUAGGACAAGCUGAAAGUGUUAGAUCUAGGCUUCAGUCUUAUGGACGAUCCGGUGCUCAUUUGCGCACUGUUAACAACAACAACCUUGAUGGUUGUUGUGAGUCUCCUCCAGAUAAGAAGGCGGGUUUGUUUGAGGACAUUUUCAUGAAACAUGGCUCGGUUGUCUAUAGAUGGGCUCCGAUGGGGUCUAAGAGGGAAGCUGAGGCAACGGAAGGGAUGCUAUUGAGCACGUUUGACUAUGCGUGGAACAAAGGAAGCAACGGGGAGCGACGCCAUCUUGAUUUGCUUAACAAGCUUGGUGACCUCGAGUUUAUUAGCAACAGAGAGUCCGGGGUAUCACGUGUGCUCUUUCCUUUUCUCCGGAACCAAGAGAGAAAGCUAAGCUGUGAUGUUGUUGUUGGUGAAGAGGAGAAGAGUACUAGUACCAAUUUCCUCACUUCCGUAAUCAAACUCUCCCGAUCCAGACCGCAACCGGUUUCAGACAAAUCUGAUGAGAUCUUCUCAGGUGGUUCUUGUUGUUCUGAUUCUGUUUGUGGAGUCGUACUUGAAAACGGGGAUUGUUGCAGUAGGAGUCCAGUUAAAGGAAGAAAGAGAUGCUUAGAGCAUAAAGGGCAGAGAAUCUGCCGUGUCUCACCGGUUAAACCACAGCCCGAGACUUUCAUCACCAGAAGACAAGAUUACAACACUGAUGUUGUUACAACCUGUGGAGUGAUCUUACCAAACAUGGAGCCUUGCAGCAAGAGACCUGUUCCAGGAAGAAAACGGUGUGAGGAUCAUAAAGGCAUGAGGAUCAACGCUUUCCUCUUUCUUCUUAACCGGACUGACCGUGAGAAAACCGUCAAAGAAGAAGCUUCGAAGCCUAGCUUCUGUGAAGCUACAACGAAGAAUGGCGUGCCUUGCACAAGAAGCUCUCCUAAAGGAAGCAAGAGGUGUUGGCAACACAAGGAUAAAGAGAACAUUCAUCCGGUGGUAGCCGCCGAAACACAAGUGACGUGCGGUGUUAAAGUGUUUGAUGGAUUGGUCUGUGAGAGAUCUCCGGUUAAAGGACGUAAAAGAUGUGAAGAGCAUAAGGGAAUGAGAGUCAUCAUCAUGACUUAAGUUAAAGCUCGCCACUAACUGGAAUUGUUUGUACUAAACUGGUUUUAUUUGUUUGUUGUACCAAUUUCUGUACGGAAUUAAUUAUUAUUUAGAAUUAUUUAAAUGUAAAAUCAGUGACUAUAUGAAAUCACUAUCAAAUCUAUAUUGGUAACAACUAUAACUUUGAAUUUGUUUUAUUUAAAUUUUAAAUAGUAUAUUUUAUAAUUUUAAUUUUGGAUAUUAUUCUUGUAUAGUUAUUUUCAAAAAUUUUAACACAGUAACUAUAAAGCUGUAGAAAGUGAUUAUAGUCAACAUAUAUAUAUAUA